AUGAAAACUUCCGAGAUUGAUGUUGUCAGCGGCUCGAUGAUCACACUGAAAUGCGACGAAGAAACGCGAAUACUUGAGAAUAGAAAGGAUGAAAAUAUUGAUUGGUUUGUUAAUAGUGUUCAUAUUAAAACUGGCUGGUUUGAUUGGAGAAUCUCUAUUAGUGCCUCUGGCCGAUUAGGAUUGUGGCCCAUUCAACACGACGAAAGCGGAAAUUUUGAAUGCUAUGUUAACGGAAAACUUCGAGGUUCCGUAUUUGUAAACGUUGUAUCUAUGAAGCAUGCUUUGCUCAUGGGCCUCAUUAAUUAUUUGUACGUUUCACUUAUUUUUGGAAUUUGUACCCUUUUCAUUGGUUGCAUUAUUGGUAAUCGAAACCAGGAAAUUCAAGUGACGCAAGUCGAUCGAAUUGAAGAGUUUUUAACAGAAAAAUUGUUCAAAGAUGAUCAAAUGAUUAAGGAACGCAUUGCAAAAAUAAAUGAAGAGAAGGAGAUGAAUAACGAAGGAGCGGAAAAUGUUGAAAGAAAAGAAGGUGCCAAUCGUUCGACAAUUAUGCAGUCAGAGAAGCCAAGUGCAUCUGAGUUCCGAAAAGGCGAACCAUCAUCGAAACAAGAAACUUCAUCUGCGGGUCCUCGGAUUGAUUUGCCGAGCACUAAUAAAAUGUCGACAUCGUCGAAUCACGAGAGUCCGCCAACUCCUGAAGCGAAUAUAAUAAAAAACGCAAAUUCGUCUGAUGAGAAGCAUCCGGAUGAGAAAGAAGAUAAGACGAAUGAAAGCAAAAUCCAGGAGCACGAAGACUAUAAUUAUGAUGAAGAACCUGAAGAAGAAGGAGUUUUCAAGUUCGAUUUCAACGAUGAUGGUGAUUAUGUAUACGACGACAAGAUUCCUGAUGAUCUGUUGAGUGAUGCUGAGUUGGAUAACAUGUUUUUUGAUUAUGAAAUGUUUGAUGAUGAAGAUUUGUACAAGGGAAUCGAUAAAGAUGAAAAUACACAAACGGAUGAUGAUGCAGGAGAAACUGAAAGUGAUGAUGACGGUGAUGGCUAUGAGAAUUGGUUUAACGAUAAAUUGAUGCCACAAAUCGGGGCGUCGAAGAAGCCUGCGACUGUUACAGCGACAACUAUUAAACCAAUAUCAUCCCAAACGGGAAAAGAGUCAACUUCGGAAACAGAAUCGGAGCAAUCUCAAUCCGAAUGCGAUGAUGGAAAAAUUGAUGCCUGGGAUCGUGUGCUCAUGUUCAUCUCAUUCCCCGUUGUUUUCAGUUUUGUUGCCAUUCAAGAUCGCGCAUUCUCGUAA